UUUGAUUGGUUACAAUUUGUGAACUCUCUUUUGAAGCUUGGUUGGCUCCAGUGGAUUGGUGCAGCUAUAUUUUUUUGGGGUUGGAUCACCGUGCAUGCGCGCGCGCACACACAUUCUCUCUCUCUCAAUCAAAUAAGCAUGCAUUCUAAGACAUAUAUACUAAUUUCAUUUCAUACAGCUGAAUUAGGGAAUCCGGAUAUUGUGUUUCUUAUCUCGAUCGUCCUUGCAUUCACUUUUAUAAUGUUCCUGACAUGUGAAAUAUUAUUACAGGGCUCAUUACGAGAUCACAGUGAACCAAAUGAUGAAUAUGUGAUUCCUCAUGGUGAUUGGUUUGAAAUUGUUUCAUCUCCACACUAUCUGGCUGAGAUAGUUAUAUAUGCUGGCCUUGUGGUCGCUAGUGGAGGAACAGAUCUCACAAUCUGGUUACUUUUUGGAUUUGUGGUGUCUAACUUAGUAUUGGCAGCAGCGGAAACACAUAGGUGGUACCUCCAGAAAUUUGAAAGUUAUCCCAAGAAACGGCUCGCCAUUAUUCCAUUUGCAUACUAAGCGCAAACUUACAAAAGCUAGUGCAAAGGUGAUUGAGUUUAAAUCUU